CCUUCUGGACCAAGAAAACCAAUACUACCCAUCUAAUAUCAGAAGCUCUCAACAUUUUCGAUCGACAGCGAGGCGGACCGUGGUGAUUUGAUUCAAAGUGAUAAUGCAGCUUCAACUUUCAAAGCUUACAAUAUUUAACAGCGGUUCAAGCGUUUGUUUCGUCUGACAUACGCGGAAUUGCUUGUGUUAGAAGGAAACAAGUGUCACAGUAUGCCGCGAGCGUGCGUUCGGCGCCGGUCGGCUAGCUUCGGCUCGUCACCGGACCCGAUGCGGUGUAGUGCGCUGUGCGACUGCGAUGUAUUAUCUGUGGGUGAAUAGGUGAAUUAGUAGAAGGCUGCCGGCCGUCGCUUGCUGGAGCUUUUGUUUGCUAUAUUCGUACUAUCGGAGUGUUAGUUUUUGUUUUGAAUUGAGCUUAACUUUCAAUGAGAUAUUUUUGUCACCGUUACAUACCGGUUCAUGUAUGUGCGCGAAAUUAUCGAGUAUCUUUUAGCACAAUGAACAAUCCACGAUUAGUUGAGCUUUAAUACGAGAGAGAGCUUUGUUUCCACGCAAUGCUUGUGUCCGUUUAUGUGAAUUAGAUCUGGAAUGAUGCCACCUCUCCGAGUGGCCUGGGUAGUUUGCACUAUACUUUUGUGUCCUUCGUCUGGCCUGGAAGCAGCGGCGCAGUCUGAGAGCGUCGAGGCCCGAAGCUCAACACCAGUCGCAGGCGGGGCGGCGGCGGUGCGGGGCUGCGGCGAGGGCGAGUGGCGGUGCGCGGAUGGAGCGCGCUGCGUGCCGCGGGCGUGGCGCUGCGACGGGCGCCCGCACUGCGCCGACGGAUCCGACGAGCUGGACUGCACGUGGAACACGACAUGCCGCGAGGGUCAGUUCCGCUGCGCCACGAGCGGGCUGUGCAUCGCGGCGAGCUGGCGCUGUGACGGCGACGCGGACUGCGGGCCGCGGGACAACUCCGACGAGGACCCAUACAUGUGUGAGAAAGACUUCAAAUGUCGCGGUAACUGGGCUCGGUGUGCCACUCCCGUGGGAGGGCAGUUCUCGUGCGUGCCCAUCGUGCAGUUCUGUGACGGAGAGCGACACUGCGCCGACGGCAGCGACGAGUGGGACAUCUGCGAUAACUUCACGGUAUCUAGCUGCGCGCCCCUCCGCUGCGAAUUGGGCUGUCGGCCCACUCACGACGGGCUGGCCUGCUACUGUAAGCCGGGGUACGAGCAGAGAGAGGGGAAGUGCGCCGACACCGACGAGUGCCUCCUGGAGGAGUCGUGUGCGCAGCGCUGCGCCAACACUGCCGGGUCGUAUUCCUGCUCGUGCGGACCCGGGUUCGUGCUCGACCAAGACGGAUUUUCCUGUUUAGCACUUAAUGAUCCGGUGGGCGAGCCGAUGUCCCUCAUAGUGGCGACGCAGAGCGACGUGCGGCGGGUGUGGCCCGACGCCGCGCCGCCGUCCCGCCACGCCGCGCCACCGUCCCGCCACGCCGCGGUCACCGCGCUCGACGUGCGGGCCCUGCACUACAACUAUGAUAACAGGUCGAUCUGCUUCGUGCAUCACAUCGUGUCCCGCUCGUCGCUGCUGUGCGUGGACGCAGACGACUUCUCCAAGAGGACGUCGAUCUGCUUCGUGCAUCACAUCGUGUCCCGCUCGUCGCUGCUGUGCGUGGACGCAGACGACUUCUCCAAGAGGACGUAUCUGCCCGACCCGGAUUUCUUCCCGGACUUGGACACUGUGAACGCAGUGGCCGUGGACUGGGUGUCGGGGUCGUGGUACGUGUCGGACGGCGGGCGCGAGGCGCUGUACGUGUGCGCGCGGUCGCUGGCCCCGUGCCGGCUGCUGCUGGACGCCGCGCUCAGCAAGCUGCACGGGCUCGCGCUGGACCCGUCGCCGCCGGCCGGGUGA